UUGUCGUUAUUUGGGAUUGUCGUGAUUUGGGAUUAUAUCUGGUCCCUGGGGGUCAUCCUGUACAUGCUGGUGUGCGGCGUGCCCCCCUUCCAGGAGGCCAACGACAGCGAGACUCUGGUGAUGAUCCUGGACUGCCGCUACUCCUUUGAUCUCCAGGAUGCUGCAGAAGGACCCGGCCCGCCGGGCCUCUCUGGCCCAGAUCGAGGCCCACGGCUGGCUCCAGGGGUUGGACAACCCCCUGCUCAGCCCGGAGCCCCCCCCCCCUACUGGCUGUCCGGGGCCCUGUCCCCCACCUCCACCCGCUCGGGGGCCUCCGAGUGCGGGGACCUUCUGGCCUCCAGGCCCCCCGGGCCCCACCAGGCCUCCCCGGGCCCCUGGCAGCCCAGCCUGAGCCUCAGCAUAAGGCCCGCCCCCCCCACCGAGGAGCCCCCGGGGGGGCGGGGCCUAACCGCCCUGCAGCAGAUCUGCGAGGAGGAAGAGGAGGAGGAGGAUGAAGAAGAGGAGGAGGAAGAGGUGGAAGGAGGUUCAGGUGAUGCUGAGGAGAAACAGGAAGUAGCAGACAAUCAGGAAGUGGAGGAUCAGGAUGAGGAUCUGGGGAACUUUGUGGAGGACAAAACCGAAACGGGGAGCCAAGACAGUCGCCGUGUGAUCUCAGAUCAACCUGUCAAUCACGCCGACGGGCGGCUAGCCCCGCCCCCUUUGGCGCCCGCCUCCCCCCCGCCCGAAAUUAGUCUGUCCUGCUGUCCAGGGCAACCGGAGGAAGAAGAGGAGGAUGAGGAGGUGGAACCCAACAAUAACACCAACAAAAACAAGCCUCCUCCCACUCCUCCUCCGAUCCCAGAGUCGGACUCCUGCCUCUCCUGUGGCUCCGCCUCCUCGGGCAGGGGGGCGGAGCCUAGGGAGGAGCCUCGGGGGGAGGAGCCGAAGGGGGCGGAGCCUAGCGGGAAGCAGCACGGCGUCAAGCUGCGCCAGAGACUCUUCCAGUUCCCGCUGUGCGAAAAGGCGCUGGCCUUCAACCUGCCCUCCACAAACAAGCCCAAAAUCCUGCCGCUGGCGCAGUACAACUGCUGCCACGUGCUGUGA